AUGGUGAUAGCUGAGAAGGAAUUGGUGCGAGAAAACUAUUUGGCUGGAUGGUUGCUCGCGUUACAAGGGGACGGUGAGUACCGUAUCUUGAAUCCGCUUUCGCGCGUUAGCAUCGAACUCCCCGCCUUGGAGAAGCUUCACCACGAGUCACGUCUCAUUGAGGAACUCGACAGGCCGGACAGGGUCCGGUGCGGCCCCCCUAGGAUCAACAUGAUCGCGUUGUCCUCAAGCCCUUCUUUGUCCAGGAGCUACGCAGUCAUGAUCUCAUAUACCAGAUCAUCAAGGUUUGCCUUCCACAGAUCAGGAGAAGAUGUGUGGACGGUAGUAAGUCUUGCGACGGAUCUGCAUCGGUUCACGGCACGCAUCCUUGGACUGAUUUAUUACAAUGGGCUAUUUGUGGCCUUGAAUGCAGAUUGUGAAAUAAUGACUCUUAACUGGAGAAAUCGUCGCAUGGAAUGGCGACUAGAUCUAGGGCUGAAUUAUUAUUUUGACAGUGAUCCGCAUCUCGUUGAAUGUUCGGGCUCAUUGCUUGUGGCUUGGGCGAUAUCGGCUGAAGAGUAUUAUGGACCUGCGGAAGAGAUUCGAGUUUUCGAAGUUGAUUUGGAGAAGGGAACUGAGGAAGAGGUCGAGAGCUUGGGGAACAUGUCGCUCUUCUUGAAUGGCACCUCUUCAUUCUCGGUGGAGUUGAACCCCGAGUCCUGCCUUCCCGGGAUCAAGCCAAACCAUGUCUAUUUCCUGGAUUACGACGAUGAUCAGAUGAAGAGUUACAGCAUGGAAGACGGAGAACUCGAUACAUACUUUGAUGCCCCUGCCAACCACAUCUAUGAAUGGUUCCAACCUCACUUUUGA